AUGCCUUCCUUCAACAACAUCGUCGCCGCCAUGGCCUUCUCCGCCGGCAUUGCCCAGGCCAUCCCCCAGUACCAGAACGUCAGCUCGUCUGCCGCUCCCUCUGUCAAGACCAACGCCACCUCUUCCGGUGCUGCUUCCAGAACCUCCUCCGCUGGUGGCAUGGCUACUCUCCCCGCUCUCGCCGAGUCUGCCUACUGCCCUGGCCUUAACGGCGCCCUUGUCGGUGACUACCUCAUCCAGUGCGGUGUUACCCACUUCGGCACCAUCCUCCAGGUCGGUAACGGCACUGUCGCCGUCGCCAAGCGUGCCGUCUACACCUCUCUCGGUGACUGCAUCAACGUCUGCGAGGCCACCACCAGCUGUGUCGGUACCGCUUUCGACACUGCUGCCCGCACUUGCACCCUCUACUCUGAGGUCGGCGCUGAGGUUGCUGCUGCCGGCAUUGACUUCGCCGUCCUGACCAACCCCACUGGUUCCGUCGUUCCCUCCGGCGGUGUUGCUACCUCCACCAUCUUCAGCACCCAGGUUGUUACCAUCUCUUCGUGCGCUCCUACCGUCACCAACUGCCCCCUCAAGAGCGGUCAGGCCUCCGCCGUCAUCACCCAGGUUGUCCCCGUUAGCACUACCGUUUACGUUUGCCCCUCUGCCGUUACCAUCCCUGCCUCUGCUGUUGCCUGUGGAUGUGCCGCUACCCCCAUCACCGUCACCCAGUACGCUCCUUCUUCCGGCUCCAUGGUCCCUGUCCAGACUGUCGUAGUUAACAGCCCUGUUCCCACUGCCACUGUUCUCACCACCACCGUCUGCACCUCGUGCGCCAAGCCCACUGCCAACAUGAACAACGGUGGCAACAACGGCAACGGUGUUACCUCCACUGUCACUGCCUGCAACGGAAACUGCCCCACUGGCACCGCCACUGGCUCCAAGACCGGCUCCACCAUGGCCGUCUACACCGGUGCCGCUGACUCUGUCAAGGCUGGUAUGGGUUUCGCCGCCUUCGUUGCCGGUGCCGCCGUUCUCCUCUAA